CUCUCACAUCUCUAAACCUCUCUUCACAUACCAGAUCAGAUCAUACGCCAUGGACAAAGCUCCCAACGCACCCGGCGGCCCCGCGAACGGCGCGAAGAAUGACCGCGACAUCACCGGCUGGGCCGGCAAGGACGGUUCGUUCAAGCGUCAAGUCUCCUCCUUCCGUGAGUUCGUCGGCAAGAGCCCCCAAUUCCCCGUUGAGAAGGAUCGUUACCACCUUUAUGUCUCCCUCGCCUGUCCUUGGGCCCACAGAACCUUGAUCGUCCGUCACUUGAAAGGCUUGCAGAAUAUCAUCCCCGUUUCUGUCGUCCACUGGGAAAUGCUCAAAGACGGCUGGAAGUUCGCUCCGGAAGGCUGUCCUGGCGCGACUAACGAUCCGAACGAGGACGCAAAGUUCAUGAAGGACUUGUACCACAUCGCUGACCCCGACUACUCCGCGCGCUGGACCGUCCCCGUCCUCUGGGAUAAAAAGCAGCGUACGGUCGUCAAUAACGAAUCUUCUGAGAUCAUCCGCAUGUUCUACACCGCCUUCGACGAUAUCAUUGACGAGAAAUACAAGGGCGUGACAUACUACCCCGACGACCUCGCCUCCAAAAUCGACGAAGUCAACGAAUGGAUCUAUGACACCGUCAACAACGGCGUCUACAAAUCCGGCUUCGCAACAACUCAAGAAGCUUACGAAGCCGCUGUCUACCCCCUCUUCUCCUCCCUCGACCGCAUCGAAUCCAUGCUCGCCUCCUCCUCCGGCCCCUACCUCCUCGGCGACAAGCUCACCGAAGCCGACAUCCGCCUUUACCCAACCAUCGUCCGGUUCGACCCCGUCUAUGUUCAGCACUUCAAGUGCAAUAUCAACCAGAUUAGGGAUCCGAAGUACGAGAGGUUGCAUACGUGGAUGAGGCAUUUGUAUUGGGAUUUGCCGGCGUUUGGGGAGACGACGGAUUUUGAGCAUAUCAAGAAGCAUUAUACGAAGUCUCAUUCGCAAAUCAACCCGAAGGCUAUUACGCCUGUUGGACCUUUGCCUGAUAUCUUGCCAAAGGAUGAGUAAGGGAGGGGAUAUGAAGAUGAUUGAUCGGUCAAGCUUUUUUACUUUCGGGUAUCGAUACGGAAAGGUGUACGAUAGUGAUCAGGAAAACCACUACUCACGCGAAAACCCGCUCACAUCACUCAACGUUGGCCGAAGCGUGCAAAACGUGCAAAACAACGGAACAACAUUGUCACGGAAUGUUACAUAG